AUGGCUGAGCAGAAAAAACUAAAGGAAAAUUUUAAAUUGGAUGUAAAUUCAUCUAUGCAUGAAGCAAACGAAAAGAAUGAAAUGAACGAAAUGACAGAAGUUAACAAAGCGAAUGCUAUAGGAAAUGGUAACACAUUUAAAAAUAGUGAAAUAAACAAUACAAGUAGUAUCGGAAUGAAGGAUAAAGAAAUUGAUAACAAUUUGGAAUUAAGCAAAAAUAAAUUCGCAAAUACCGAAUUAAAUAUAUUUGAGGAUGCAAAAGAAUAUGAUGAAAAUAACAAGGAUGAAUUUGAAAAAAAACAAAAUACAAAUGAUAACAAUAAUAUUUCAAAUAAACAUUCUGAACAUAAUAAUACAGAACAAAAUGAUAAUAAAAAAGAUAAUGAGAAACAAAUAUCGUCAGAUCUUGAAUGUGUAAUAUGCAUGAAACUUUUAAUAAUGCCUGUGACAAUACCUUGUGGUCAUAAUUUUUGUAGAGAUUGUUUAGAAAAAGCAAAAGAAUAUAAUGGCACAUGCCCAUUAUGUAGAUCAUGCAUGGGGGAUAAACAAAAUGUUAAUAUAUUAUUGGCAGAACUAAUAAAAGAAAAAUAUCCAAAAGAAUAUGCAAAAAGAUUAAAAGAAAUCGAAAUUAUAAGAAUAGAAAAAGAAAAAAAAGUAUUACAAGAAAGAUUUGAUGCUAUUAAAAAUUCAUCUAUGAUACCCAUCUUUAAAGCUCCAUUAUCGUUUGGUCCGUAUUUUCCUGGAGAAAUUUUUCAAAUAAAUAUUUAUAAUAAAAAAUUUAUAGAUCUUAUUGAAUUAGUAUCUAAUGAAGGUAUAUUUGCUAUUACUUCUAAUAAUAAUAAACAUAACGAUAAAAUGUAUGGUAUUCAUGUUAAAAUUUUAGAAAGAAACGAUACCACUCAAGCCUUUAUAUUUAAAUGUGUUGCUAAUUAUAGAGUUAUUUUAUAUAAUAUAAUAUAUUUUAGCCAAUAUGAUUAUGAUAUAGCUAGUCAUUCUCCUUUGUUCGAUGAAUCGAUUCCUGUAAAUUUUUUUGAUUAUAAUUUGAAUGUACUUCCAGAUGUAACUAAACCUGAAACUAAAGCAAUUACAUCUAACACUACAGCAUCUAUUAUUUCUUCUACAAAUACUAGCAAUAUUAAAUGCCGAAAAGAAUCAAAAUAUAAUCUUAUUGACGAAGAAAUAAUAAAAUUAGAUGCAUUAAAAAAAUUAUUAAAUAAAAUUGAAGUUGAAGACGAUAUAAAGUCCAUUUCAUUUUAUUAUGAACAAUAUAAAGAUAUUGUUUAUAAUGCAAAAGAUAUAAGCACGAAUACUAGUCAUGCAGAUAUUAACAAUCCUAUAUAUGCUGCCCAAAAAUAUUAUUCUUGUAUUAUUUUUUCAAGAAUAUGCUUAUUAUGUAUAAAAUAUCAAUUAAACCGUUUUGGAAAUGCAGGGGUUCGAUUAUUUAAUACAAAAUUUAGAAAUAUAAAAUUAACAUCUUCUGAACCAUCAAAUGAAGAAUUAGAAAGUUUUUCUUUUUCGUUAAGUAGUGCUAUUAUAUCUAGAUCUAUACAAAAAUGGUCGUGGUUUAAAACAACUAAUACUACUGAAAGGUUGGAAAGUAUAACACAAUAUUUUUUAAAAAAAAAAAAUAAAAGUAUUCUUGCUCUUGAUAAUUCACGAUCUCCUAUUAUUCAUAGAUUUUUUAUGUUAGAUUCCAUUUCAUCUUCUUUGUUAAUUCUUGUAUUUGUUUCUUUUGUUGUUUUUGUAAAAUAUUUUUUUUAUUAUAAUUUAUAA